GUGAAUCAUCAACCGGAAGUUGUCUUUGGAAGUCAACAAAAAAAAAGUAGACAAAAACUCAACUCUGGUUUUACUGGAUCAGGUUCAAGAUGCAACUGUCAGAGCAAUGGAUAGGUCUGAAUUUAAAGAAAGAAAGUUGAUGUCACUAUCAAGAGAAACCAAACAACACAAAGUAACAGACCCAUCACCUGAUUAUCUGAUGGGUGAUCUAUUGAUGAAGAAAGAUUAUAUAGAAAGUGAUGUGUGGUAUGCCGGUCUUAUACCAGGUGUUCCUGUAGAAGUAGAUGUGACUAACAGAACUGAUGUAUUACGAAUCAUCGAUCGUGGCAAGAGAGAAGAGUUAGUUCCCCUACAGCUUUCUCCAGAUCCUGAUGCUGGUUUCAGUCUCAGUAAAAGCAAUAUAAGGAUCCACAAACAAGAUUAUGAGACACUUGAUAUUCCUAUCCAUGUAAUAGCAGCUUUAUGUUAUAUUAAAGAUGAUGGUCUUCACAUUCUAGCUAUAAAAUAUGGAAUUCCAGACAAAUGUGAUUUAGCAGUACUGUAUUGCAAAAAUCAGUCUCAAGCAGACACUAUUUGUGCUGCUGUAGGCCAGUGUUUCCAGCGGGCUUACCAGGAGGCCACUAUUGAAUUACUACAGGAAACCAUCAGGCAGGCUGAAAAAGACAGAUCUUCUAUAGCAUCAUCAGAAGGUUCUAGUACAACUAUUAAUGACCUUAAUCAACAUUCAUUUUUAUCCACAUCAGAUCAAGAAGAAACUAAACCAAGAAAACAUAGGACCCGCAGUGUUGGUGAAAAAAGUGAAACAAGUAGUAUUGGUUAUAAUGCAUUACUGGUAAAGGAAUAUAUGAACAAGCUUCCAAAUAUUUUUACAAAUUAUGAUGAGUUGAAACAGUUUGGUACUUUGUUUCAAGCCUUGAAUGAUCCCUCCAAUACAGACAUCUCAGAGAUAUGUGAUAAAAUGUUUAAACUGUAUGGACCAAAGAGAGAACAUCUAAUGACAGAGUUGUGUCCCUUUAUUCCCAGUAAGCAUUAUCAAUACUUUGAGAGAUUCCUGAAGGACAAAAGUUUAAAUGUAUCAGAGAAUGGUCACAGCACCAUGUCAAGUAGUCACAGUUAUAACAGAAUAUACACGAAACAUAACUACAGCGAAGGAGGUCUCAGAGUGAUGUAUCAACAAUGAAUGCCAGUGAUCUUGACAAUGUGUUGGAACGUUUAUCUGUAGAAUUGGAGAAAAUGGAUGCUAGUGUUGGCGAUGUAAACAAUCCCUAUAUUUAUCCCAACAACAAUGAUACAUGAUAGUUCUUCAUGAAUAAUUGUACAUUAACUGAUAUGCAAUGCUGUAUUUAUUUUAUUGUUUGUGGAUCAUGUUUUAAGAAUUAAUCUUAAUUUGGAGAACAUUUUACAUGUUUAUUUUCUUAAAUUAUUUGCAAAAAAAUGUCUGUUGUAAAAAUUAUUGACAGCUGAUGAAGGCUCAAAUUACAUUUCUAUUGGACAACAUUUUUUGUGUUUCCCUUUGAGAUUGGCAUUU